CCCCUCUCUCUCUCUCUUCCCCUUCUCGCACCCCAAAUCGCCCCUCCUCCUUUAGUAUGAUGGCUUUCCGGUCACUCCUCGCCGGCGUGGCCCUCCUCUGUCUGCUGCUGGUGUCGGCUCUGGCCGCCCCGCAGGCAGACUUUGACGGGGUCGCUGACGAUGCUGUGGUUACCACUGCCACCACCACCACCACCGAUGGCGGUGCCCCCAUCGAUGCCGAUGUCGAUGCUGCUGCCGCCGCCAAGGCCCUGGCCCCCCUUUUCACCGGCCCGGCCUUUGUUCAGCUGGAGAAUCCCUUCCAGGUGAAUGAUCUCUUCACCCACUCCGACAAGACCUGGUUUGUCACCUUCCAUGCUUCUUGGUGCGGCGUGUGCCACCGCUUCGCUCCCAGCAUCGAGUCUCUUGCCGAGGAGUUUGCCGCCUCCGGCAACUCCGACGUCCACUUCGCCAGCAUCAAUCUCGACACCAACCUCGCCACGGCGGCCCAGUUCCGCGUGUCGGCUAUCCCCGCCAUGUAUAUUGUCCGCGAUUUCGGCCAGAAGGUCCACGCGUACCAUCCGCGCCCGCUGACUCCGGCUGCUCUGCGUGUCUUCCUCGAGGAGAAGCAGUGGCUCAAUGACGAGGCUCCCUGGUCUGGCAUCGGGUCGCCCUUCGGCUGGGGUGGUCGCACCAUCUCCAUCGUCCUGUCGGUUGUGUCCUAUUACAUGCAAUUCAGCCAGUAUCUGCGCGAGGUGUACCACUUCCCCCAGUGGCUGGUGUCGCUCUUCGGCUUCGGCCUGCUGGCUGUGGCCUCCUUCGCUUUUGCUGGGAUCUUCUUCCGUGUCAUCGGCGUCACCCCCGGCCCGGGGGGUGCCGCUUCGGCUGCCGCCUCUCCCGGCAUGCUCCAUAUGGACGACAUCGCGGCCGAUCUGCCGGCCACGGUCGAGGCUUCCGAGCAGCCGGAGAAGGCCACUGCCUCGGCUACCGCCACCGCCGGCACCUCGGCUCCCUCUACCCGCAAGCGCCGCAACAACUAGAAAAGCCCCGGCUUACCUUUCCCCGGCGAGGGAGAUGCCGUGCCUCCCCUGCCCUUUCUUUGUCCUUCCCACCGUUGACCGUGUCCUCUCCCUCGCCUUCCCUCUCCCCUUGGCCGACACAGAGAGACGCACGGGACAAGAAUACACAGCUAUAGCGGUCCUC